CGAAGCGGCAGCCGCGAUGGCAACCACCGUGACCUGCACCCGCUUCACCGACGAGUACCAGCUGUACGAGGAAAUUGGCAAGGGGGCUUUCUCGGUCGUGCGACGCUGCGUCAAACUCUGCACCGGCCAUGAGUACGCAGCCAAGAUUAUCAACACCAAGAAGCUCUCCGCAAGAG